GCUGCUGCUGCUGCUGAUAUUGGUGUGGAUGUGGAUGUUGCGGUUGCAGAUGCUGCUGCUGCUGCUGCUGCUGCUGCUGCUGAGGCAUCGGCUGCUGCGCAUACUCAGGCUGAGGACUGUAGUAUUGCUGCGAUUGCUGAUGAGCAGACUGCUGCUGAGCACUUUGUUGAUACUGAGCACUCUGCUCACUCGACCCAUGGCCAAACCCGCCCGGCAUCCCUGGCAUUCCCGGCAUAUUCAUCCUCCUCCUCGCCGUCGGCUGCACAGGCUGCCCCGUCCCGCCCAGAAACGUCGGCACCAUCCCGUACGUGUCCAAAUAGUACUGCACCAGCACCUUGUGCACAUGCGUCUCGUCCUCCGUCUCCCCGUCGACGUCGUCCCCGAACGCGGCCACCGUCGUCGCUCCGUAUCGUUUCAGACGCGACCAUAGUCCUCCGCUGGGCUGUUGCUGCACUGAUGCCAUCUCUGCUCUGCUGAUGCUCUGCUGAUGCUCUGCUGCUGCUCUGACUGAGUGCUGGCUGCUGCUGACUUCUACCGCGCUAUCAACUAUGGUGAACU